GACCGGCUGAAGUUGUCGUGAAGCGCGCGUCGUGGAGAUCGGACGUGCUGCUAGUGCCCUUUUGGAGGAGUGUCGACCAACAAACGCUUCCCCCUUGGAAAAAAAUAAGAAACAAAAUUCUCUGCGGAAAUGUGUCGCUUGUAGCGUUAACCAACCCUGAGUCCAAGAGGGCGGAAAAUUAAGUAGAAAAAGGAAAGAGAAAGAUAACAAAAGGAAAAAAGCAGAAAUUAUUUGAAGAAGCAGACGACAACGAAGGAGUUUUUUUUUUGAUAAAAGGAAAAAGUGUACCAAGUGGGCGCUGUACAUAGAAGUGUACAUACAGAAAGAGAGGAUUAGAAAACAAAAGUGUCUAACGAAGAAGAAGGAGGUUAACGAAGAGAGCCUGCUUGCUUGCCGUUUUUUCUUAAUUUUUUUUCUCGUUUAGUAAAAAAAACCGGCAAUCGCCGUUGAUCGUGGGUACUGUGUAUCCCCUUCUGCUGCCGUCCUUACCUGCUGCAACCACGCCUACUACCACUACUACUAGUAGUAGUUAACAACCACAACUACAAGAAGCAACAACUACUCCAAACUUAGCAGCGAUGGCCGAUACGGGCAGAACAGAUUCCUAUCGCCACGCCACGGACCGUAACGUCCCCGACGAUAACCGAACUGUGAAAGGGGAUCCUAAGUCAAAAAAAGUCCCGAAAAAGCCGAAAAAGGGGGAGAAGGAUCUUGAUGAUCUGAAGCAAGAGUUGGAACUCGAUGAGCACAGAGUUCCCAUUGAAGAACUCUUCCAGCGACUGACUGUCAAUCCAGACACUGGAUUGUCGCAAAAUGAGGCCCGUAGAAGAAUAGAACGAGAUGGUCCAAACGCCCUCACCCCACCCAAACAAACUCCAGAAUGGGUCAAGUUUUGUAAGAAUCUGUUUGGUGGUUUCUCACUGCUCUUGUGGAUUGGUGCCAUCCUGUGUUUCAUUGCCUAUUCCAUUGAAACUGCUGCUGAAGAAGAACCAAACAAUGAUAAUUUAUACCUGGGCGUUGUGCUCACAGCUGUGGUCAUCAUCACUGGUAUCUUCUCAUACUAUCAAGAAAGCAAGAGUUCACGAAUUAUGGAGUCCUUUAAGAAUAUGGUUCCUCAGUAUGCUAUUGUGCUUCGUGAAGGUGAAAAGCAGAAUGUCCAGGCAGAAGACCUGUGUAUAGGAGACAUUGUUGAAGUGAAAUUUGGUGACCGUAUCCCUGCUGACAUCAGAGUUAUUGAAGCUAGGGGCUUCAAGGUCGACAACUCUUCACUCACUGGAGAGUCCGAACCCCAGAGUCGAUCCCCUGAAUUCACCUCGGAGAAUCCCCUCGAAACCAAGAACCUUGCUUUCUUUUCCACUAAUGCUGUAGAGGGAACUGCAAGGGGCAUAGUCAUCAACAUUGGCGACAACACUGUGAUGGGACGUAUUGCCGGUUUGGCUUCAGGUUUGGAAACUGGCGAGACCCCAAUUGCCAAGGAAAUCAACCAUUUCAUCCACAUCAUUACUGGAGUAGCUGUAUUUUUGGGUGUUACUUUCUUCGUCAUUGCUUUCAUCCUCGGGUACCAUUGGUUAGAUGCUGUCGUCUUCUUGAUUGGUAUCAUUGUAGCUAAUGUACCAGAGGGUCUGUUGGCUACUGUCACUGUAUGUCUGACAUUGACUGCUAAGCGUAUGGCUGCCAAGAACUGCCUUGUGAAGAACUUGGAAGCUGUAGAAACCUUGGGUUCAACAUCCACCAUCUGCUCUGAUAAGACUGGAACCCUAACACAAAACCGUAUGACUGUUGCUCACAUGUGGUUUGACAAUACCAUUAUUGAGGCAGAUACCUCUGAAGAUCAGUCUGGUUGCCAGUACGACAAGACCUCAGAAGGCUGGAAAACUCUCUCCAGAAUUGCUGCUCUGUGCAACAGGGCUGAAUUCAAAACAGCCCAAGACGACAUUCCCAUCCUGAAGCGUGAAGUCAAUGGUGAUGCCUCUGAAGCUGCUUUGUUGAAAUGUGUUGAAUUGGCUUGCGGUGACGUUAAGGGCUGGCGUGCACGAAACAAGAAGGUAUGCGAGAUUCCCUUCAAUUCCACCAACAAAUACCAAGUAUCUAUUCAUGAAACUGAAGACAAGAACGACCCACGAUACCUCCUUGUCAUGAAGGGAGCUCCUGAGAGAAUAUUGGAAAGAUGUACAACCAUUUUCAUUAAUGGCCAGGAAAAGGAGCUGGAUGAAGAAAUGAAGGAAUCUUUCAACAAUGCAUACCUUGAAUUGGGAGGUCUUGGUGAGCGUGUACUUGGAUUUUGUGAUUACAUGCUGCCCUCCGACAAAUAUCCCCUGGGCUAUCCCUUUGAUGCCGACAAUGCAAACUUCCCCGUUCAUGGACUCCGAUUUGUAGGUUUGAUGUCUAUGAUUGAUCCUCCCAGAGCUGCUGUACCUGAUGCUGUAGCCAAGUGCCGAUCUGCUGGUAUUAAGGUUAUCAUGGUGACUGGUGAUCAUCCUAUCACUGCCAAAGCUAUUGCCAAGUCUGUAGGUAUCAUUUCGGAAGGAAAUGAAACUGUUGAAGAUAUUGCUCAAAGACUGAACAUCCCCAUUAAGGAAGUCGACCCCAGGGAAGCAAAGGCUGCUGUCGUUCAUGGUUCCGAACUCCGUGACAUGACCUCUGAACAGUUGGAUGAUGUCCUCCUCCAUCACACUGAAAUUGUAUUUGCUCGUACUUCCCCACAACAGAAACUGAUCAUCGUAGAAGGUUGCCAGCGAAUGGGUGCCAUUGUGGCUGUGACUGGUGAUGGUGUAAAUGAUUCUCCCGCUCUGAAGAAGGCCGAUAUUGGUGUUGCUAUGGGUAUUGCUGGUUCUGAUGUGUCCAAACAAGCUGCUGACAUGAUUCUGCUGGAUGACAACUUUGCUUCCAUUGUCACUGGUGUGGAAGAGGGUAGACUGAUUUUCGAUAACCUGAAGAAGAGUAUUGCUUACACUCUGACCUCCAACAUUCCUGAGAUCUCCCCCUUCUUGUUCUUCAUGAUUGGCUCUGUUCCAUUGCCCCUGGGAACUGUGACUAUUCUCUGCAUUGAUUUGGGUACUGACAUGAUCCCAGCCAUAUCUCUGGCCUAUGAAAUGGCUGAGAAUGACAUUAUGAAGAGGCGCCCACGAAAUCCUCUGUAUGAUAAAUUGGUCAAUGAAAGGCUUAUCUCCAUGGCCUAUGGUCAGAUUGGUAUGAUCCAAGCCUUAGCAGGAUUCUACGCUUACUUUGUGAUCAUGGCUGAGAAUGGGUUCCUUCCACCAAAACUCUUCGGUCUGCGUGAAUCCUGGGAUUCCAAGGCCAUCAACGAUCUGGAAGAUCAUUACCACCAGGAAUGGACCUACCAUGACCGCAAGGUUCUUGAAUACACCUGCCACACUGCUUUCUUCGUUUCUAUCGUGAUUGUGCAGUGGGCCGAUUUGAUUAUUUGCAAGACCCGUCGUAAUUCUAUAGUACACCAGGGAAUGAAGAACAUGGUACUGAACUUUGGAUUAGUGUUUGAGACAACCCUGGCUGCCUUCCUUUCUUACACCCCUGGAAUGGACAAAGGUCUUCGUAUGUACCCUCUCAAAUUCUACUGGUGGCUGCCUGCCCUUCCAUUCUCUUUGUUGAUCUUUGUUUAUGAUGAGUGCCGUCGUUUCAUCCUGCGUAGGAAUCCAGGAGGAUGGAUUGAAAUGGAGACAUACUAUUAAGAAAAGAGAGUUAUUAAAGUGGCCAUAUUAUCUGGCAUCGUGUUGGCUUAGCCGGCAUGAGUUGCUUUUCCUCGUGUUCAUAAAAAGGAUGUUUGAUAUAUAUAUAUAUAUAUAUGAGAAACUUACUAAACUAAGCCAACUCUAGUAAGGCUGUUGAAAUUUCUACAAAGAUGAUUUAUUUAAUGUACAUUUGAUAAGGAAAUUAAUUCAGCUGUUAAUAUUGAUAUAAUUUUAUAAGGAAGUAGUGUACUGUAUAUGAAAGACUUCAAAAAAAAUAAGUAAAAGAUGUGACCGUUAGCGGCUUGAAGGCGCUACCAGUGGCGCCUUCUUGAGUUUUAAAAGGAAGAAAAGUGUUCAGUAAAUAUUCCAAUGAGGAAUUAUAGCAAGGAAUUUAUUUAGUAAUGGAGAGCGAUGGCAGCCAUAUGCCACGCUCUUCAACGCUAUUCCAGUAUUUAGGUGUUAUUUACUGAAGGUUUUAGUGUCAUUAUGGUUGUUUCUGAUUUUCCCAUUGUUAUAUAUAAGAUUUUCAGUGAAUAACAGCCAAAUAUAUGUACAGAAUAAUCCUGGUGAAAGGAUACCUUAAAGACAAAAAAAAAAAAAAAAUUCUGGCACUUCAAGACUGCACCAAAACUAACAUGAAAUGAGGUUUCAGGACCGUGUAUAAAACUCUUUGUCCAGGCCGCUCGUGUGAGAAAGCACAGAUCACAGGUCUUCUUCAGAAGGGGAAUUCAGCUUCUCCAGAAAAUCAUACAUACUGUACUACUGGCUUGUAACAUAAUAAUAAUAAUAAUAAUAAAUAUUCAACUUGGAAAAUUAAGUUCUUUAGUAUUUUGGUGAAACAUUGUUAUUCAAUGGUUUUGCUUUCUUACACAAGUGGCCCUGGUUAAGUUUGUCUCAUCUGUUAAAAUUGUGUAAAUUUUAGUGCACACAAUACAGUAAUUAGAAGUGUGAUGGCUGCAGUUUUGCAGCCACAACCAAGUGUAAAAUAUUGUGUAGAUAGUGUGUAGAGCCCCAAUCUUUGAGACGACCUAGUUUGCAAGACUAUUUUCAGGAUUAAUCAUAAUCAUUAUUCUAUUCAGGAGUUGUUACAGCUGUACUGCUCAAACCUUCUUAUCCACGUUCGUUGGUUCAUGUUGAUAUGCUUAGGUUUUAUUUUAUGUUCUCCUUAAUUGGAUAUGUGUAUUAACAACACUUGGCGAUGUGCGUUAAAUUCAGAGGAUAAUACAUUUUAACCUACAAGUUACUGUCAUUUAAUUUGAUCCCUUUUUACUAUUUUUCUUUACCAGACUAAAUUUAUGCUUUAUUUAUUUACAAUCUUUUCUCAAAAUAAGAUACUAUACAUUAUUGGGUCCGUAACAUUCCACACUAAAGUACGUACGAGCUUUGCACACUCAAUUUGCUUUUGUUUUAGAAGCCGGUCAUUGGUAGAGGUAGUUUUUUUCAUCUAGUUCAUAGGUAUUCUCCAGACUUUAUGCUUUGUACCUUGAGAGUGAAGCAGCAGCAGCAGCAGCAGCAGCAGCCCAAUUAGAAGAGUGCAUGAACUAGCAAGAGUUAAGAGUGCAUGUCUUGCAUUAUGUAAUUAUGGCCAUUUUUUCUUUGUUAACCAGAGCAUUCAUCAUCAUCACAAAAUGGAGCAUUCUACCUCUGUAGUUCCUGCUCAGUUGCUUAUUAUAUAUAAUAAUAAUAAUAAUAAUAAUAUACUAAGUCUGUUUCUUGUGGACUUAGAUUUUGGUGUAAACAAAUUUUGUUAUGAAUAGAUGGAUUUAGUGGUUGAAUAAUAAUGCCUGCUUGUCUCAGAAUUUUAUUCAUCUGAAUAAAUAAUAUUCAAUUGGAACCAAACUUGAUUUAUGUUGACAACAAAAGAUGUUGCAUUUUAGCUACCAAGUGUAGAGAGAAUCUUGUUGUUUUAGAUUUUAAAUGAUUUGACUAUUGUAUGUGGACAGUUGGAGAUGAUUUGGAAAUUUAUGACAAGCUAGGAACCAAUGCCUUGGCAUUGACCAGCUGCUAACACUGGUUUCGUUUCUUAGACCUAACUAGUGUGGUUUCAUGUUUGUCAUCUAAAGCUUCGUACUAAAGCUAAAUAGCUAUGGGUUGGCCUUUGUACAUAGGAAAUACAGAUAUCAUAAUAAUUAAUAGUAAGUAAUAAUAAAUAUCAAGGCAAUUAUACUAUAAUCUUGUUAUGAAACAGCACUGUCACUUUGUUUUUCGUAUUGGGUACAGGGGAGGGGAUGUUCCCGGCAAAACAAAAGUAGUUCUAAAAGCAUUAAGAGUACAGCACUGUGUGGGUGCUCCUACGUUUUGAGUUCUUUCCUUGGGAAACACCACUUCAAUAAUAAAUAAUAAUAACUUGUUGAGCUCUAGGUUGACUCCCCAUAUCAGAUUCCAUGUUCAAGAAACAAAAAAAUUUGAGAAAUGGUCACAAUAUUUUAAUUUACUAAUUUCAAGGUUUUGGAUCCACUCAAAAGUGCUGGGUUCAACAAUAAAGUUUAAAAAUU